AAAGUAGCUCCUCCCCCUCCUCCUCUUCUCCUCCCCGGCGGCUCAGUCAGUCAGGAGUGAAUGUGGUUGGAGUUACACAGAGAAGGAGCACAGAGGAGGACAGCUUGGACAUCAUGGGCAGUGAGUAUGACUUUGGUGCUCAGCUUCUACAACACUGUUCUGAAGAGUCUGUUGGAAAAGGACUAAAAUACAAAUAUAACUGUUCGGACAACUUCGCUAAGGUUCACAGCAAGCUAACUUAGCCUGUAUUGCUAGUUAGCUUUAAGGCACUUACAUUUGAAAUACUGUGAUUUUUUUUAACAAUGAUAUGUCAUAUAUGGGUGGAAAGAAAGGGAAAAUUCUGUUCAAGCUAACUCUCUUGUAACGGGAUAAUUCAAACGAAAUGCCGGUGCUUAUAGGCUGGGAGCAUCUUCAAUGCUAACAUAUUAGCCACUCAUUCAAAGACACUGACAGUCUAGUGAUGACGACGCAUAACACCGCUGUUACCUCAGGUCUGCAGUGAGCUCAUCAGCUGAUACAUGACAAUGAGAAACUCCUCUAACUGGUCAUUCGAGGUUUUAAAAUAUAUAAAAACGAACUUUAAGAAGUAAUGUUUCAUUUGUGCACGUGUCAUUUUCUAGUAUUGUGUCGGUAUAAGAAUGAAUGUGUCUUGAGUCCGCCCACCAUUCACUGCCACGUCCCACUGAUGACCUGCUAUUAUUCCAAGUUAACUCUCUAACAUAGUCAUGUUUGUUUGUUUGCAGUCAAAUUCUUGGAGGUGAUCAAACCAUUCUGUGCAGUACUGCCAGAAAUCCAAAAACCUGAGAGAAGGGUGGGUUGAACUGCCAUUUAUUUCACUCAUAAAUGUUUAGUAAAGUGAUACAUAUGUCUUUGUGCAACUGAACUUUUCAUAACUUCAUUAUUCAACAGAUCCAGUUCAGAGAAAAGGUACUAUGGACCGCCAUCACUCUUUUCAUCUUCCUGGUCUGCUGUCAGGUAAGUUUUCCUCAGAAUUUCUGGUCUACUAUUGUCAUCACAUCUGUGUCAGCUUAGAUCACUCUAUUCUAAGUUUUGUUCCACGUCCAAAUGGUUAAAAAUUAAAACCAUUUUCUUUUUUAGAAUAAAAAAUUCACUUUGCAAAUGCCUGUACUUGUUCUAAACGAUUAGGUCAUCGGUCAAUCAUCAGAUGUAACGUAAUCUUUCAUCAGAUCUGACCAAAUUAAUCCUAAUAAAGUGAGAAUCUAUCUUUGAGUUAUUUUCCUUAUUAUUUUUGUUAGCUUGAUAACUAUACAAAUGGCAUUGCAAGACAGGACAAUACAUUGUCAUAAGCCAUAAAAGAGAUCUGUAUGUGUCUUGCAUUUGUUUAAUCGCUCAAUCGUAUGAAUUUAGGAUGAAAGUAGGGGACGUUCAGAGUUUCUUUAGGAUGCAAACAGUACUCUUGGUAACAACACCAUAAAGAUAUCGUGAGUUGGAAUGGGAAUAUUUGUUUUAUCUGGUGGUCUUGUUCCAGAUUACAAUUUCCCCUAGCUCACCCCUCCUGUCAGUGAAGUUAUGGUGGCCUUCAAGGACAAGAAGCUAUUUUGAUUCACUUGAGUUAUGAUCUUCCAUUUGUCAAGCUUUUACAAUCUACAACAUCUAUCAGUACAAAGUAUAUUUCACAGAAUAGCCACUCUCGUCUUCAAAAUUUUUUGUAUAUUAGUGUUUAUUUACACCAAUUUCAGCUUACUUUACAAAAGUCAUUUUUCAUUACUACUGUGUCUGCUAAAUGCUGAUACACACUUCUGACUGCACCUUUACCAGGGACUGUAGUGAAAUGAAAUUGCAAGCUAUUUAGAGCAGUUAAGAGAUCUUUUUUUUUUUUAAACACCGUGUAAAAACUUUUUUCUUUUCUUUACAAUUUUCAAUCUCAUGAGAGCCGAGAUAGACGAAAUGAAAACUAAUUACCAUCUGGGGAGCCCCGGGUCUGGAAGCUUGUGACUUAUUUCGUUUUGAAUUGUCUUGGGUAUGAAUGGUGCUAUACAAAAAAACUUGCCUUGCCUUUUCAGAUCCCGCUCUUUGGCAUCAUGUCGUCAGACUCUGCAGAUCCAUUCUACUGGAUGAGAGUAAUCCUGGCCUCAAACAGAGGUAAGAUCUCCAGCUAAUAACUGAAUCAAAAUUUAAAUGCAGCUGUCCUCUCCCAUUUUUGUACUUUAACCUAUGUAUCUCCCUCCAGGUACCCUGAUGGAGCUGGGUAUCUCCCCCAUUGUCACCUCAGGCCUGAUAAUGCAGCUGCUGGCUGGAGCUAAGAUCAUUGAAGUUGGAGACACGCCAAAGGACAGAGCCCUCUUUAAUGGAGCCCAGAAACGUCAGUAAAUCUUUAUCUGCUUCUUCUCUGUGAACAUAUAAGAAUUUAUGACCAUGACUGUAGAUUUUUUAACCGCUGUUCAAUUUUUUCAGUGUUUGGAAUGAUUAUCACCAUUGGUCAGGCGAUUGUGUAUGUGAUGACUGGCAUGUACGGUGACCCCUCAGAGAUGGGUGCAGGGAUCUGUCUGCUCAUCAUCAUUCAGGUUAGAAAAUAUUUGUUUGUCGCUGUCACAAACAUGUUUUCAUCAUAAAAAAACCCAAGCCUUUAAGUCAAACCCUUUGUUUGCUUGCAUCUCCAUCAGUUAUUUGCUCCCCUAAAGUUCCCCAAGUAUAGACAUUUCAUGACCAGAAGAAUCCUUGGCAUCUAUAUCAACUUCUUGACUAAAAAUAUUCCAAGAAAUAAUGUCGCUUGAAUUAGAGUGUGACACUGAUGCUGUCGUCAGAAAGACUUUGAAAUGAAGUUAAAAAAGAGAUGCAUAGUGUUACUUUAGAAUAACCUUGUUAUUAUGUCAGCUCAUAACAUUAAAGUUGUCAUUGUUUUUUGACUAUGACACGAGUAACAUGACCAACAGGUUUAAUGCUACACUUAAAAGAUCACACUGCUAUGAAGUUCAGUUUAAUAAAUUAAUGGUUGAGCUCGCACGGUCAGAAUAAAAGUCUGAGAUUCCCCAAAAGAAAUUUACAGCUGUUAGAAACAUCCUGGUGCUUUUUCAGCCAACUCGAUCAACUUUUUUUCUUCACAGCUCUUUGUGGCCGGACUGAUUGUCCUGCUGCUGGAUGAGCUGCUCCAGAAGGGUUAUGGUCUCGGUUCAGGUAUCUCCCUGUUCAUUGCCACCAACAUCUGUGAGACAAUCGUGUGGAAGGCCUUCAGCCCCACAACAGUGAACACUGGAAGAGGUAUUAAGCCACAACAGUCUUUGAACAUGUGAUUAAGAUCUGUGAAUGUUGUAUUAUUGCAGUUAUCUCUAGAGUCCGGAGAGUUGAAACUCAUGCUCUGUGUCUUUGUGUGAUUUUUAGGUACAGAGUUUGAGGGUGCAAUCAUCGCCCUUUUCCACCUGCUGGCUACUCGCACAGACAAAGUGCGUGCUUUAAGGGAGGCUUUCUACAGACAGAAUCUACCUAACCUCAUGAACCUCAUUGCCACUGUGUUUGUUUUCGCUGUAGUCAUAUACUUUCAGGUGAGCUUCUGCCUUUUUCUAGAGUUAAAAAUGAGAAUAAAAAGGUUAUGAAGUGUGGGACAAAGAAAACAUAUAAUUACUAAUAGUUGUUACACAUAUUCACUCCUUUUCACAGGGAUUCAGGGUUGAUCUGCCUAUCAAGUCGGCACGUUAUCGCGGCCAAUACAACACCUACCCCAUCAAGCUGUUCUACACCUCAAACAUCCCCAUCAUUCUCCAGUCUGCUCUGGUCUCCAAUUUAUAUGUUAUCUCCCAGAUGCUUUCCACACGCUUCAGUGGAAACUUCCUGGUUAAUCUGCUUGGGACUUGGUCUGUAAGUAAUCACACUUUUCUUCUUCUGUUUGUUUAGCCCUGUACAAAGAACGCCUCUCAAAGGAAGAAUUUUCCCCCUCCUUUAUUAAGCGUGUAUUCUUCUCUCAUGUCUGUAGGACACCACAUCAGGUGGUCCAGCCCGCGCCUACCCUGUAGGCGGACUCUGUUACUACCUCUCUCCCCCUGAGUCAUUUGGCUCGGUUCUAGAUGACCCUGUCCACGCAGUCAUCUACAUCGUCUUCAUGCUCGGAUCAUGCGCCUUCUUCUCCAAAACAUGGAUUGAAGUUUCAGGCUCUUCCGCAAAAGAUGUGAGUUGUAACCCCUCUGGAGCAGGUCGAUGUGAUGGGUUUGUUCUUAGCAGACUGUCUUUAAAGCUUUGUUUUUAUUUUAUUUUAUCUUUUCACUUUUACCCAGGUGGCCAAACAGCUGAAAGAGCAGCAGAUGGUGAUGAGGGGACACAGAGAAACCUCAAUGGUCCAUGAACUGAACAGGUAGAACUCUUUAUGUCAAGAUCUUUCCUCCUACACACAAUUUUGAGUGUUUGUCGCCUUUCAUUAGACAUUCACAUGAUCAAUUUGCCACUGUUUUAUCACUAGGAAAAAAUCCCAUUAGAUUUUGAGUAGAUGACUUGUUUGAUUAGAUGUAAUGUGAUUGAUCAAGCCAUUGCACUUAGCUUCAUAACAAGUUACAGUUGUUGUCAGCUUAGAGAGGAGUCCUUUCAAUGACAGUGAUUAUUAUCUGUAUGAAAAUUGUACAUUAACCUAAGACCAUUCAUUACAUUGACUCUUUUAUAAAUGUCAAUGUAAUGAAUGGUCUUAGUAUGUUUCUAACAACCUCCAAAGUUUACACAUGUGAAAAAUUCCAGAGAAUUAGUUCAGAUCCUGUCUUUCUAGAGUUUACUGUAACUUUGCUCUACUUAUAAUUACUGUAUAAAAAAGUCAGGCAACAUAUUGUGUGUAUUGUUAUUUGUAACUAGGUCUGUGUUUUGGGUUCCAGGUACAUUCCUACAGCUGCUGCCUUUGGUGGACUGUGUAUAGGUGGUCUGUCUGUGAUGGCAGACUUCCUAGGAGCCAUUGGCUCCGGCACUGGUAUCCUGUUGGCCGUCACCAUCAUCUAUCAGUACUUUGAGAUCUUUGUGAAAGAACAGAGUGAAGUGGGCAGCAUGGGGGCCCUGCUCUUCUAGAAAUGAACAGUAUCAUUCCACCUUCAACAGACUUUAUAAAAAAAACAUUGCAUUUAUUUUACAUCCACAUGAAGCUCCAGCAUUGUCAGCUUCCCAGUUCUUGGGCAGUUUGAAGAGUCUUUUCUUUGGGAAUCUCUGCUGAAACGGGAGCUGCACAGCAUAUGACUCCUGCACCAGUCUUCUAAAAUAACAUUAAGACCUGCAAUUAAGUGCAUCACAUCUUUUUUUCUCUGAGAUUCAUAUUGAGGCUUCCUCUGCUCUGCAUGAAAAGAAGUCCACUUGGAGUUUGGUCUUUUUUUCCAGACCGACAAUAGAGUGCUUCAGUAUGCAGGCAUACUUGACACAGAUGAGGGAGGUCAACUGUCUGCCAUGUGCAUUAAAACACUUGAUUUUCUGCUUGGUGUUAUCUUAGUUUAUACUUUUACAUGUAUUUUUAUUUUUAGUAUUUUUUUCUUUGCACCUGCCAAUUCCAUGAAAGUAUGAACCAUUAAACACUAAGUUAAGAACUGUAUUUUUCCUGACGUGUGGCCCUGUGUCAUAGCUGCUGUAUGAACAGGGUCAAUAAGAGGAAGUGGACCACACAUUAGGGUCCAACUGUCAAAAGAAGUCCUUAUUUUUGUUAAAAGUCAUUUGAUGACUGAUUAAAAAUGGGUCCUCUAUUUUGUAACGUGUGGCAUUUCCAGGAAGAAGCAGUAUUAACUUGUGUCACAGUUGAGUUUUGAUACCUUAUUCCCAAGACUUUUGUUUUGUUUUGUUUUUUAAUUGUCUCCUCUAAGCAUAAUGGCAUUAACUGCUAUCAACACCUGAUAAAUUGUGAUUUUCUGUACAUAGGCCAUAGACUAAAUAACUUUGAAUUUGUCAUAAAUGUAAGAUAAAAACUUUUGAAUAUGUAAAAAUGAUGCAUUUCAGAACAAACAUAAAAAAGCAUUCACAGUAAAAUCUUGUGUGAACAAGGGUUACAUUUUUGUCUCUCUUACUUGUUCAUGGAGUCUCAGAUAGUUUGUACAAAGUUACCUGUUUUGUCUGUUUUGUCAACCUGCUGAAUUGACCCUCCUUUGACUACACAUUACACCAAA